AUGGAAGAAGAAGUUGGCCAUGAUCAUGGGAUAAUCAUCAUCCCUUUAAGCACCAUUAACCCACCAAUCCUCAUCCUAAUCCUCCUCUUAACCCUACUUCUAAUCCUCACAUCCCAUCUUCUCAAAACAAAGAAGAAGAACAAAACCACCCAAUAUCCCCUGCCUCCAGGACCAUGGAAGCUCCCCAUCAUCGGCAACAUCCACCAGCUCGCCACCUCCGCCGCCCUAAUCCACCGCCGGCUCGCCGACCUAGCCAAGCAACACGGCCCCCUGAUGCACCUCCAGCUCGGCGAGAUCUCAAACGUCAUCGUAUCGUCCCCUGAACUGGCCAGGGAGUUCCUCAAAACCCACGACCAGAACCUCGCCAUCAGGUCUCACAUGCUGUCGGGCAGCAUCGUCUUCUACGGCGCCAGGGACAUCCUGUUCUCGCCGUCCGACGGCGCGCACUGGCGGCGGAUGAGGAAGAUCUGCGCCAUGGAACUGCUGGGGGACCGGCGGGUGAAGUCGCUGCGGCCGAUUCGAGAUGAAGAGGUCGGGAAGCUGGUGAGGUUUAUUCGCAGUGAGUCACGCGACACAGGACGGAGGAGGGAUGGUGAACCUGAGCGAACUCCUGAUCGCGGUGGCCAGUACGAUGGUCUCGAGGGCGGCGUUCGGAAAGAUCCGAGAGCUGGAGGGGUCUUUUCUGACGCUGGCGCAUCGGGUUGUCCAAACAAUGGGAGGGUUCAGCGUCGGGGACAUCUUUCCUUCCCGCCGGUUGCUGCACUUGAUCACCGGAACGGAGAGAAAACUGAGGAAGCUUCACGAAGAAGGAGAUUUGGUCCUCCAAGAGAUAAUCGACGAUCAUUUGUCCAGGCGAUCGACGAGAGCCGGCAGAGAAACAGAGGAAGAAGAAGAUCUAGUUGA